AUGGACGUCCACCUCGAACAGCGUGUAAACAUAAAAUUCUGUGUGAAGCUUGGCAAGACAGCCACACAGAUAUGCGAGCUCCUUUGUGACGAUUACGGCAACAAGACAUUAUCGCGGGAGCGGGUUUUCGAGCGGCACAAGAGGUUCGUUUCAAGGAGAACGUCGGUGGAAGAUGACACAAGGCAAGGGCGCCCUGCAACCUCACGGAAUGAAAACGUGGCUCGAAUCAGGGAGAUCGCACAGCAAGACUGCACCAUUACAGUCCGCAUGCUAUCAGAUGCUCUUGACAUCAGUAAGACAACAUGCCACCAAAUUUUGCGUGAGACCUUGGGGAAACGAAAGCUGAAUGCCAGACUUCUGCCACACUCCCUCACAGAGGACCAGAAGGACACGCUGGCAUCAGUGAGCGCUAAAUUGCUCUCCAAGGCAGAGAAGGAUGCUGCAUUCGUCGAUAGCAUCAUUGCUGAAGACGAAACAUGGUGUUUUCAAUAUGAUCUUCAAACAAAGAGGCAGAGCGCCGAAUGGCGGUCUACAAGCUCUCCGGCGUCGAGAAAGGUGCAGCGACAGAAGACCAAAACAAAGACGAUGCUGAUAGUUUUUUUCGAUGCCAGAGGUGUCAUACACCAUGAGUUCGUCCCACAAGGGCAGACGGUGAAGCAGGAGUUUUAUAUCUGCGUGCUCCAACACGUGUGA